AUGCAUUAUGAGGUGGAGCGCAAGGCCGGCGACCGGGCAGUCUCCGAGGACGAUGAGGAUGGGGGAAGCCUUCUGCGCAUGUCCGAGAACUCGCUCAACCUGUGCCUACUGGGUGCGGCGGCCGGCGGCAUGACUCUGGGAUGGCACAUCCGCAACCACGGCGUGUCUGCCCGGCUGCUGCAGCUGAUGGACUUCCCGGGCGAGCUGUACAUGCGCAUGCUCGAGUGCCUCGUCAUGCCCGUGGUCGCGUCCAGCAUCGUCGCCGGUCUCGGCAGCGUCGACAUCAUGCUGGCCGGACAGAUCGGGCUGCUCGCCAUGCUCUACUUCGUAGUGGCCACCGGUUUGGCGUCGGCAAUCGGUAUUGGCGUAGCGCUUGUGCUGGGUCCACAGAAUGAGCCCUGCUGGCGGCGUCAACAUGUCCAGAUUGACGGCUUCCUAGACUUGCUCAGGAACCUCUUCCCCGACAACUAUAUCGAGGCUUGCAUCCGGUACACGGCCACGUUCGCAUGA